AUGGAUCAGUUCUCAGGAAGUAGUAAUUGGUCGAUGAUCCCAAACAUUCAGGCGCAGGGUAACUUCGGUACACCGUCGAAUCAAGACCAUUUAUUCCUCCAGCAGCAACAGUUUCAUCAACAGCAGCAACAGACGCAGCAGCAGCAGCAGCAAUUCCAGCCACAGCAACAAGAGAUGCAAUUCCAGCAAUUUCAACAACAACAACAAUUCAUUCAGCAACAGAAAUUCCAUCAACAGCGUCUGUUACAUUCUCCUCCUUCUCAGCAACCAUCGCUGCAAUCUCCUCCUCCGCCGCAGACGGUGGUUCACACGCCGCAAUCGAUGAUGCAUACGCCGCAGCAGCAGCAGAUUGUACACACUCCGCAGCAAUCUGUUCAGACUCCGCAGCAGCACCAGUCGCUAGCUUCUCAUUUCCAUCUCUAUCCGUUGGUGGAGAAAUUAAACGAUGCGAUCGAAACUGGAGCACGAGAUCAGAAUUCUGAUGCACUGGUGAGUGAAUUGAAUAGCCAUUUUGAGAAGUGUCAACAGCUCUUGAAUUCGAUUUCAGGAUCAUUAGGAUCUAAAACUAUGACUGUUGAUGGACAAAAGCGAAAUCUAGAAGAAAGUGAACAAUUGCUGCAACAAAGAAGGGAAUUGAUUGUGGAAUAUAGAAGAUCUAUUGAAGAGCUUGUGAAGAUAGAGCCUUAG